CGGCUGGGCGAGAGGGCGGGGCGGUCGGGACGCCGGAGAGGAGGGGACUCGGUGCGAGAGGCUCAGUGGGGACAGUCCCGCGCGCGGGAGACAAAGAGUGUCCAGAGAGCGCCGGUGAGCAUCACUGCUACCCCUAGCCCCGGCAGCCUCGCAGACUUGGGGACCCCGGGUCCGGGGUGCGCUGCUGAGCAGGCACGGGUGCCGGGGACCCGCGAAGCUACGAAGGAUGCGGACGCCGGUGGUGAUGACUCUGGGCAUGGUGUUCACGCCCUGCGGGCUGCUGCUCAAUCUCAUCAGUACGCUGACCCCGGGCUGGCGGCAGCUGAAGGGCUUUCUGGACCAGCCAGUGGACGUGGUGCUGUACCAGGGUCUGUGGGACAUAUGUCGCGAACAGAGCAGCCGCGAGCGCCAGUGCGGCCAGCCCGACGACUGGAACUACUUCCAAACCCAGCCUGUGCAGGCGGCCCGGGGACUCAUGAUCACGUCACUGGCCAUCACCGCCCUGGGGCUGCUGCUGGCGUCGCUGGGCGUGCGCUGCUGGCAAGAUGAACCCCACUUCGGGCUAGCUGGCCUCUCGGGCAUCGUCCUUUUCGUCGCCGGCCUCUUCAGCCUCGUCCCAGUGUCCUGGUACAACCACUUCUUGGGGGACCGCAACGUCCUGUCCGCCCCGGGCAGCCCGGUCACCCUGGAAGUCAGCUAUAGCCUGGUGCUGGGCUACCUCGGUAGUUGCUUGCUGCUGCUGGGCGGCUUUUCGCUGGCGCUCAGCUUUGCGCCCUGGUGCGAAGAGCGCUGUCGCCGCUGUCGCAAGGCGCCCCCCGCAGGCCCGCGCCGCAGCAGCAUCAGCACCGUCUAUGUGGACUGGCCGGAGCCUGCGCUCACACCGGCCAUCAAGUACUACAGCGGGGGCCAGCAUCGGCCUCCUCCCGCCGCCGAGCACCGCGCCACCAGCAAGCUCAAGGUCGGCUUCCCGAUGCCACGGCCGCCGCCCAAGGCCUACACCAACCCGGUGGAUGUGCUUGAAGGAGAAGAGAAGACCGCCUCUUCCCAAGGCGGUUCUUCCUCUCGCAGCACCCGGCCCUGCCACAGUUCGCUGCCCUGUGACUCCGACCUGUAGACCCAGUUCACCCACCGUCUACCUGAGCUGCGCCUGGGGUCUGAAGGUGAUUUGAACUUGUGCGUUGCCAUGAUGUCUGCAACCAGAACCCUGGACACCUUACUAUUUGGAGGGCAAAAUUUCCUUUCCGGGGGGGUCAAACUGCUCCCCAGAUACUAAGC